AUGGGUUUCAGUUCUGUUUAUCAAUCUCUUACGGAGAUAUUUCCUCAGAUUGAUGCGCGAAUACUGAGGGCUGUUGCAAUAGAGCAUCCGAAAGACGCUGAUGAGGCUGCUGCUGUUGUUCUUUCAGAGAUUGUUCCUUCGUUGCCCUCAAAUUUGUCCAGUAGUAAUACCGAAUCUUGUAACAAGCCUUCUGGAAGCAUUUCAGAGCGCGACGUAGAACGUGAUUUGGAAGGUGUUGUUUCUCUGUGCCGUGGUUUACUUGUAGCUUCUGGUUCAAAGUCGAGCGCCUCUUCUUCUUCAGAAACUGUCCCCCUGGUUGUUGGUCGUGGCUACCAUACCAGUGCUCCAAGUACUAACUCGGUCUCAGCUGGGAACGAGCUAACAAAUUUGCCACUAAAUUUUGGUCGUGGCGUUAUCCUUGAAGAUGUCGAAAGUGAGCAAGUCCAGUCUUUGAAAAGGGCUCCUGGACUAGAGCAUGAGGACUUUGAUUUCUUUGGUAAGGGUUUUGAUUUUCCGAGCGAAGCCAAUAUUGGGUUGCACGUGCCAGAGGAUGAUCUUGCCUCUGUGGUUUUUGCUGUCGCUCAAGACAACGUCAAUUCGACUAACGAUUUUUGGCAAGAUCUUGGUUUUCAUAUGACAUGGAAUCAAGCGGAAUCAAGCGCAAGCAUAUGUUCAGAAAAUGCUGUACAGAAGCUGGUCGAUGUAACUCCUGGAGACACUAUGGCAAAUAUACAUCAUGGUUCAUCUCUUGAAGUUGGGACCGGGAGUACAAAUGUUGUGGACGAGAAUUCAAAGGGUUCAUUGGCCAGUGAUAAUGGUGAUACUGAACUAGGUGGUGCUUUUAGCUCAUCGACUCAUGGAUGCAGUGUUGAUCACCUUGAAGAAAUUAUCCAAGAUGCCAAAAUUAACAAGAAAACCUUGCUCACUGUGAUGGAAUCGGUCAUGAAUCUGAUGAAAGAAGUUGAACUUGAAGAGAAGGACGCCGAAAAGUCAGCAGAGGAAGCUGCUAGGGGAGGUUUGGAUACUCUUGAGAAGGUUGAGGAGCUCAAGAAGAUGCUGGAACAUGCCAAGGAAGCAAAUGACAUGCAUGCUGGAGAAGUAUAUGGAGAGAAGUCGAUUUUGGCCACCGAAGCAAGAGAGCUUGAAAACCGGUUGGUCAACUUAUCAGAAGAACGAAACAAAUCCCUUGAUGUCCUUGAUGAGGCAUGUUUCAUCUGCUGA